GCAGACAACGAGGGGGACUGGGCCGACCUGUCGCGGGCGCUGAAGCUGGUGAAGGAGCUGAUCUCGUCCAUCAACGAGGAGGUGCACACCAGCGAGAUGAACGCGCGGCUCUGGGACGUGUACCGGCGGGUGGACGGCAGGGCCAAGGUGCAGCUGCCCUGGGAGAGCCGCGCCGGCGUCUUCGGCAGGGACGAACUCCUGCGCCGCAAGCUGGUGCACAGCGGCUGCCUGCUCUGGAAGACCGCCGCGGGGCGCUUCAAGGACGUGCUGGUGCUGCUGAUGACCGACGUCCUCAUCUUCCUCCAGGAGAAGGACCAGAAGUACACUUUCCCCAUGCUGGACAAGCCAGCUGUCAUCUCCCUGCAAAACCUGAUUGUGAGGGACAUUGCCAACCAGGAGAAGGGAAUGUUCCUGAUCAGCGCCGCGCCGCCGGAGAUGUACGAGGUCCACGCCGCCUCCCGCGACGACCGCAACAACUGGAUGAAGGUCAUCCAGCAGGCAGUCAGCCUCUGUCCCAGCCGCCAGGACUUCCCCCUGAUCGAGACGGAGAUCGAAGCCUCCCUGCGCAAGCUGAAAGACCGCCUGCUGCAGCAGGACCGCAAGAUCUCAGCGCUGCUGGAGGAGAAGGUUUUGCUCUUCGCCGACCUCCUGACCCUGGCCAGCGGCUGCCAGGAGCAGGCUCCGGCCCUGGCCCCCCGAGGCCUCUUCCGCUCCGACUCCGGAGAGGCUUCCCGGGGGGAAAGGUUGAUGCAGGAUGCCAUCAGGGAAGUGGAGUGUCUGAAGGAGAUGUUCACCAGCGCCGGGCGCGAGCGGGACCACAGCAACCUCCCCGAGGCCGACAGCUGCCCCAGCCCCGGGGCCAGCAAUGGUGACUCCGGCAGCUUCAACGGCUCCGUGGAGCUGUGCAGGACGGAUUCGGACGGAGGGCAGAGGGACGGCAAUGGCAACCAGGUGCUGCAGAGGGUAUCCCAGGAGGAGAUCAACCAGCGCCUGGUGAACCUCUACAGCCUCCUGCAUGGGCUCCAGGCGGUGGUGAGCCAGCAGGACACCCUGCUGGAGCUGCAGCUGCAGGAGGGGCAGGAGAAGCCAGGCUGCCGCCGGGGGUCCGCCCCGACCCCCACCGAGCCGGCGGCCAGCCCCUCGCCGGGGCGGGCCGGGGAGAAGGUCGGCAGCACGGAGCUGGCGCUGCUGCAGCGGCAGCACAGCCUGCUGCAGGAGGAGCUGAGCCGCUGCCGCCAGCUGUGCCAGGAGCGGGCCCAGGACGCCACGGGGCUGGAGCAGAGGCUGCGGGAGAGCGAGCGGGAGCGAGCCCGGCUGGAGAGGGAGCUGGAGGAGAGCCGCAGGGAGCUGGCGGCGCUGCGCCACGACGCCGGCGGCCGGGCGCGGCGCGGCCUGGACCCGCGGCGCCGCAGCCUGCCGGCAGGGGACGCUCUCUACCUCAGCUUCACCCCGCCGCAG